AUGUCGUUACCAGAUUGGUGUCCACCGUACUCGAAAAACAGAUCCUUAUCAAUAACUGGGGAAGAAGUUUUUUGCAUAUGUAAGAAGCCUGAUACAGGCAAACUAAUGGUAGGAUGCGAUGGUUGUGAUGACUGGUUCCACUUUACAUGCAUGAGAAUUCCAGAACAGUACAAAGACCUUGUUUUCUCAUUCUACUGCCCCUAUUGCCAAGCUGGAGUAACUGGCCCAGCAUCAACGUCUGUCGAGCAUAAGGAGCUGCCAAGAACUAUUUGGAAAAGGAAGUGCAGAUUGCACAAUUGUUUCAAAGAAUGUAAGCCAAACAGCAAGUACUGUUGCGAAGAGCACGGAGAGCAAUACAUGAGGCAAGUACUUUCAAAAUUGCGAAUAGACGGAAUGAAACAAGAACAACAAGAAAAUCUAGUACUGCGGAUGGCAAAGUACACUAAAACAGGCAAUGUGGAGGAUGGAUUUCAAAAAAUCGGCAACCCAGCAUUUAUUGAAGGUGAAGUCGACAAAUCACAGGAUCCCGAACUGUAUUCGUCUCUAAUAGCUAACGAUGAAAGAAUGGAAGAGUUGAGAAGUGAGGAUCACAAGCUUGGCACCGAAACAAUCCCCAACUGUAAACAAGCCAUAGAACAUUUGAAUAAUUACUUGGACUGGCUAAACAAGGUAAAUAGUAAGCUCUUCGCUGAAGAUGUGGUUCAGGAUGAUAUCAAUGGGAAAAAUCGGAAAAAAAAGAGUGCUGCUAGAAAGAAGCAGAAAAAUGCAAUAUGUGGCUACAAUCCCACUUGCAAACCCCCUCUAACUGUCGAUGAAUUUGCAGCGAAAUAUGAUCCUGAAAAAGCGUCAAUUAAUGGCACCUGUACUAAAUUGAGAUGUAACAAGCAUAACGACUGGUCUACCAUGUUAAUGCAACAAUACACGAAUAAAUUGAGAUCCUUGCAAAAUCAUCAAGAAAGAAUUGCGUUACUGCUGAGCACGAGAAAAUCGCAGUUGCAUAUUCAAUACUAUGAACGACUGCUGCGAAGGAAAACAUAG